AUGAGUCGGUCCCAACGGAUUAGCACCUAUUUGAAAGAGAAUAAGACAUUUCUUCGAUCUGCUUCUGCUCUCAAUGUUGCCUUCCUCAUCUCAGCUUUGGGUGAUAGACUAUGGAUGUUCGCUAUUGGUUUGUUUCUACAUCAACUCGGCGGCAUCUCGUGGAUCGCAAUUCACCAGCUUCUUGAUUCACUAGCUAAAUUGAUCCUAACUCCUGUUCUGGGUUCCAUGCUCGACAAAACGAACAGGAAUCGAGGCAUGCAAGCGGUCCUCUUUGUUAAUAAUGUUGCAAUAUCACUCUCAGCCCUGAUAUUUUUCUUCAAUCUUUCGGAGACACAUAGACCAGCAUCGAAUUGGAUGAAAACGCUUUACCUACUGUUUGCUAUACUAUUUGGUUCCGUUUCUCGAGUAGCUUCAGAAGCUCAAAAAACAGCUUUCACAAAGGACUGGAUUGUCGUGGUCAUCGCGAAGACGAAAGGAGCUCGCUUGUCCACACAGAACGCAGCGAUGACAGUGAUUGAUCAGACGUCCUCGUUUCUGACACCUCUCAUAGCCGGUGUCAUGCUUGACUCUAUGAGCCGAUCCAUGUGUUGUCUGGUGAUUAUCGGCUGGAAUAUUCUCUCAUGGUCUGUUGAAGCAUCAAUGUUGCUGUGGAUCUAUCGGCGAAUUCCCGCACUCGCACAUCGAAUGCGUUCCGAUUCAACUUCUAAGGAGCCAUCUUGUGACGAUACACCCUCACCGGCUGCGGCAUACUCAGCAUACUUCAGGCAGAGUUCAUUCCGUGCAGCUUUUGGACUUGCUCUUCUGUACAUGACCGUCCUUGGAUUUGAUAAUCUCGCCCUAUCUUACGGUGCUUCACAAGGAAUGUCCGCAUCAACGCUCGGACUGUUCCGUUCUAUAGGAUCUCUACUCGGUCUACUCGGAGCCUUGUCAUAUACAGCUAUGGAGCGAGUGCUCGGAUUACUAUGGACAGGUCUCAUAGGGCUUAUGCUUCAAAACAUAUUCAUUAAUCUAUGUUCGCUCUCUAUAGUGCUACCGGGAAGUCCAUUCAAUGCGACAGGAUAUUUCUCAUCAUUAACAACCACGCAAUGGGUGGAUGGUGUCCGAUCGACGAUCUUCGGAGGGUUGAACACUACCGAAUCGUUGCCGCCGCUUCCGUUUUCCGAGCUUAGCCCAUCCAUUCUCGUGUUCUUUUUUGGAAUAACACUUGCUCGUUUUGGAUUAUGGAUAGCAGAUCCUUCAAUCACGCAGAUUAUGCAAGAAACUAUCCCAGAAAGAGAACGAUAUUCAGUUUUUGGAGUACAGACAAGCAUAUGCGAAUUUUUUUCUGUGUUAAAGGAUGUUAUGAUUACUUGUAAUCGAUCCCGGUGUCGAUCUGGUGAAGGCGAACUAAACAGUCUAAAGCUACCGGAACAGGAACACUUGGUCAAUAAGCAUCUUAUGGAGAACGCUGUACCUGCUCUCGAUGUUUAA